GUUGGGGACCACGUCAUCAUCACCUUGACAACUGAGGUGCAGCUGGGCAUGAAGAGGCAGAAUUCGGGCCUUGCAAGGCCUCGCCAUAGUGCAGAUAUCAGGGUCAGCCAGUGAGGAUCUUUUGCGGUUUGUGGAGAUGGACACCUUUAGCAGCAAGUUACAGCAGAAGGCUCUGCAGCAACCUAAGCAGAAGAAAUCCAAGUCGGCUGAAUUUCUGAUGGGGAGAGAGGAGAGAGCUGCUCUGGCAGGCAUAGAAAACCCAGCCUUCGAUGGAGGAGGAAGCACCGAGCUUUCCGUUCCUCCGGUUUGGCUGGGGAGAGAAAUUCGAGGUGACAGGCCAGAUAGCACCCUUGCAGCUCACCAAAAAAAAAUGGAGCUGCAAGCCCCUGCCAAAGAAAGAGGAAAUAAACGUGCCCAAAAUUACUUUGACCCGUUGUCGGCAGAGCAGACAGACCCAAGGCAUUGCAGGAUGGCUGGGGUCAGCGCUGAAGAUGAGCUGGAAUUAACAAUAUUGAAUGCUGAUGAAAACAGACUGUAUCAAAGAAUGGCUGCAUUGCUGGAUGAGGACGAUAGCUUCAUAAAUAUACCUGGUACGCUGCUAGCCUCCAGGGAUGAGGAGGUGUUGGAGGUGAAGGCGGGUGAUCCGGUGCUUCAGCGGCGACUGCUGCUCCAUGGUGGUGGUGAUGCCUCGGGCUCCAGGCCCUCCCAGGCCCAUACCAUUGCCAAAACCCAGGCUGGGGCUAGUGCUGGGCUGGGAGGAGAGGCUGGACUCGAAGCAGGGAGGAUGGUAAUGGGCAGAGAGAGCACUGUAAAAAUGGCGAGAGCUAAGGAGGUGAUCCCCCACUACACCCAGCAGCUUAGGGAGCGUGUGCGGCCUGACAUGAUCACGCUUGGCAGCCUUUCACUGCAGCAGCAAGCGGCUCAGAAGGGACCACUGAAGAGGAGUGAGUGGGCAAAGAGAAAGAAGAGACUAAUGGCCUUCUUCACUGGGAAUGUUAAGGAGCCUCAUUCACAAAGACACUGUGACGAGACAGUGAGAGAGGCACCACAACCCAGGCUGAACACGCUGCUUGAGUGCAGCAGAACCACUGAAAGCCCGUCACUCAGAGCGCUGGGGGAAGGCCAAGACGAAGCAGUGGCCAAAUACGGCCAGAUGACAGAGCUCCCAGAAUCCUCCUCUUCAGCAUCACAGCCCCUGUGGCAGUCUGCGUGCAUACAUCUCCUUCCAGUGUGGGGGUUUGGAGGCCUCCAUCACCUCCUCCCAAAUGUGACCCAGAGCACAACUCCCCAGCCUGUGGAGGUGUGUGUCUGUUGCCUAAAAGCCACCAGAGACAAGCUACCAAGGGGCCUCUACACUGUCAGUGUUGCCCUUCACAGCCGUCUAGGGGGUCCAGCUUUGGCCUGGUGCAGCAAGAAAGAGCAGCAACAAUGGGUGGUGUCCACUGAGCCAAUUGAGCAUCGGGGUCGCUUCUAUGACACUGACCUGCACAUUAACCAGAGCCUGUUCAUGAUCCUACCUGCAGCCUGUGAGGUUGUCCCCUCCAUGGUCAUGGUAUUCCAACUGAUCGCACUACCAGGACACAGCAGCCACAUCAGCUCUGUGCUGGCCUGGGGGGCAUUUCCUGUUAGUGGCCCAGACCUCAGUCAUGUCCACGGCAGGUUCAAGACCCCUCUACUCAGGGGGGAGCCGAACACACAACUGGACCAGUUUAAAAAAAUUGAAGCCCUCAUCUCCUCUGAUCUAGACCACUGGCUGUGCAACCUGUACUUCCAGGUAAAGAGGCUCCCUUCCAGAACAUCUGGGGGGUCCGAGUGCUGCAUCACCCUGCCGUUACUCCCACCUAACCCCCCUGUCAUGCCUCAACCUGAGGUCCAUAUUGAACAAGCCCAAGGCCAACUGCCUCUCCAGCCCCAGCCCCAAUCACAGGCCCAGCUCCGUCCUCAGCCGAUUCAUCCCCAGUCCCAGUUCUACCCCCAAAAGCAGCGGCAUGCGAGUCCCAGCAGCAGAGCAGGAGAGCCCGCUGUGGUACAUUCUCACCGGGGGUCUCCUCUCCACCUGUCAGCUGAUUCUGCUUGCUCUUCCUCAUCUCUGCCAGGGAAGAAUCCAUCCUCGGGAGCCAUUUCUGGAAACACGGGAGAGAAGAGUGAUCCAUGCAGGGAGAAAGCAGAGGGUGGGAUUCACUACAAGAAGAAGCCAAUCAAGAAGACAAAUAGCUGCGGCCCCAGCGUGAGCGGCAGUGGCGCACCGCCUCGGCAGGCAGACAAACAGAAGAUGCAGCCUUCAAUGGAGAACCUCUCCACGGAGGAGAUGGAGGAGUAUACAUUCUCCCUACACUCAGUACUGACUGGAUCUGGCUCCUGCCCCUCACGCCUGUCCGACCGAGCCCGCCUGACCCUCCGCAUGUUGCCGUCCGAGCUGGGCCUGCCGUUGCCGCGGCAACAACAGCCGCAUAGUAGCUGGCGUGGCUCCGUUCGGCAGCUCGGCCUCAUUAUGCUGCUGCUGGCUUUGAUGUGGUUUGUGAGGCUCUACCUGCAUUACUGCAGCCAGUGGCUCUACCUCCAGGCCAUAGCAGUUCCUGUCAACAAAUUCCAGUUCCACGCGCACACGGUGGACCUCGUAUACCAGAGUUCUUUGCUCCACACCCGGGAGGAGCUGGCGAUGGUGGUGGUGGGUCCCCUGACCUUGAAUGCAGUAACGUUCCUGCUGGUUCUGAUCAGAUGGGGCUGUCAACAGAUAUUUGGCUCACUCCCUUCCUUCACGUCAAAGUUUAUCAUGGCUCAGGGAGUGUGGACAGUCCUCGACCCCCUGGCAGUCUUUGCAGUGGACGCUGUCCUCGGGCAUCUCGCCUACAGCCCAGACACACCGGUGGGUGACGCAGCCAAGCUUUACUGGCACUUCUAUCGAGCUGACCAAUCAGGUGGAGCGGGAGUGAUCAUCACUCUCUUCCUCUACGCAGUGCUAUUCCUGCUCUCCAUCACAAUCCUCACCAUUUACCUGCUCAGAUUCCACAACGAUGGUCGCAUGCUGGACGUCUUCCAGCGGCUCACAGCCAAGGAGGGGGCGUACUUCCUGCCUCAAGACCUGGAGUUGUCCAAUCAGGAGCUGAGCUACAUUGUCAAAAAGGCGGAGCAGUGGAGAGGCUUCAAUGGGGAGAGGCGCAAGGUGGCAGUCUAUGACUAUAUCUGGACUGCGGAAGACCCCUUGGCAGGUUCUGCGGCCCCUAGUGAAAGCCCAAGGGAGAGGGCACCCUUACCAGAUGGAGAGACCAGCACACAUGUGGCAGUCUACACCCUGUACUUGAGUGGGAUGAAACAAAGAUACAGGCACUUCCUCCGACAACCGGAUGGAGCUAUCAUUGAGGUGAUUGGUGACGUGGAAGUGGUGGACAAUCCAGCCAGGAUGAUGCCCUGCCCGGGUCAGGGCUCUGCCAGUCAGAGAGAGGACAAGGAAGGUGCAAGUGCUCCACAACAGCUACGGAAACGGAAGAAACUAUUUGGGAGGUCCCGCCGUGUUGAGCCAGUAGGAGAAAGUGGGUGUGGCUCCAGUUUUGCACUGCAAGACCUCAACCAAUGAUAUCAAAGCAAAGGAAGAGAUAGUUGGACCUUGAAGUCGUUAGGUGUUCAGCGCUGCCUCAACACAAUGAAAAAUGAAGAUUCUAAAAGUCACUAAUCAGAACACGAGUGAUAAAAUAUCAAUAUUGGCCUCACAUUAAGCAGGAUAAUAUUCAGGCCAGCUUGAUUUGUAUUGAAUAUGUGUCUGCUAGCCGGUGCUCAGUGUAAUGAAGUGGCUCACAAAUCAGGCCAUAAUGGCUGCCUACUUACACAUAUUGCUUAAUUAAAGGUUGUGAGCUUAUUAGCAUGUGUCUCUGGCACAGGGUGCAGGGAGAUGAGAAUCGGGACUGAUGUCAUUGAGGGCCAGGCUUUUAAAGGUUUUAUAGAUAGCUAACCUAUCAUACUAAAGCCAUAGCCACCCCCCACCCAAAAUCGGAUCUUAAUAACCUGUCAUUUUCAUUGAUGAUGAUUCCCCUUUAUGGGCAGCCAUUAUGGAUCAAGUUCUUGGUCUUUCUGGAUGGCGAUAGCGGCUGUUCAUGCUUGCCAUUAUCAGGAACACACCUUACUUUGGCCUUGAAGUUGCUCCUCACCUCCAUGUUUAAAGCAUUGCAUUCAUAGCCCAGGGGGGGCGGUGGCGCACAGUGCAUAUGGACACACACACACACACACACAAUGCAUUCACUCUCACUCAUACACACUCAUUCAGCCACAGGCCUUCGCAGCCUAAAAGUCCCCAUAAAAGGAAGACACGAUUAAAGAAAAAAUUAGAUGACAUUUUUGGAUUCACCAGUCCAUCUGUAAUACAAAAUGAGGAAAGCACAACAUGUUGGCAUAAUUCUACAGGCAGUUCCAUCUCCACUGUGUGCAAAUACUCAGCUGAUAAUGACAUUUUGUUUAUUUUGGUGUAGUGUCAGCAUUGGCAGGUUUCUGUUGUUGCUUCCUGUCCUUCUGUCUGCCUUUGAGACUAGCCAGAACCUAUAGAGCUAAUGCGCUCCAAUUAGAGAUCACUCCAUUAACAGUGACAGUGCUACACCCCCCAAUUCAAUCAGCCCCAUAAUGAACAUUAAGCAGAGACCCGGCCUUUCAGAGAUGACAGGGACCUCUUCUCCUUCUCUCCAUUUGUCCUACCUUACUACCUCUAUAGUAUACAUUUUUUCCCCUUUUACCCAACUUCUGUUCUUUUUACUUUCUCUGUGACUUUCUUUAAUAGCACAGUAUAUGUAGAACAUGAUGUUGGUCUGAACAGCGAAAUAUUAUUCCUCUGGUCUCUGUAUCUGUUUUGAUAGGUUAAUACUUUGAUAUAAAUCUAUAAUUUUUGAUGAAUGACUUUUGUUUCUCCUCCUGCUUUCUCUCUCGUGUGAUGUUUUCUGAGAGUAUCAGCAGCUUUGCAGUUCAUCAUCAUCAAAACAAUGCCCUGUGCAAUAUUCUCCAACUGGGGGCAGAGGGUGCCGAUACAGAGGGGGCAAAGGUAUUUCAAUGGUUCAAAUAUUUGAUUGUUAAUGACAAACACCAUUUCACCACAAUUUAAAUUUCAAAUUGAUCCCUGGGAGCAAUUAUUUCUGGGGGAGAGAAACACGCCGCUAGGUCUCUGCUACACACAUUUGCUGAUUUAAGUUAAAAGAAAACCUUUUUGCAGAGCUAUCAUAAGGGAGCUGCAACUUUUUGAAGUGAGUGCCUACAUCUGCUUAGAGCCAACCCAACCUGGGGAUGUUGCUGGAGAGUGAGAAAAGAGGGGAAAAAUAAAACAUAAAAAGAAAAAAAUAACACUUUGUCUAAUUCUAUAUUUAUGUAGCCCUCAGCUGGAGGUAUUCACAUAAAACAGUUUGUAUUCAGAAGUGCUGCGGUGAUCGUUAUGCUGCACAUUGAGAUCGGCAACUCUUCGGGCACAGUUGGCGGGUGCAGCUCAGCCUGAUUCAUUUGAAUUAAAGUUACCCAACUAAAUAAAAGGGAUUCAUAUUCCCACUUUUGCUGCUUUGUUUUUUUUUUCUUUUCAAACCUUUUUCUGAUUGUUUUUUUUAAGCGGACCACUGAAUCAUUUCUUUUGAUGAAGAACUUUGUACAUUUACUGUCUUUGCAUACAUGUCUGUAUUUUCUAUUUACCCAACUUCAUUUAUGGCACCUUUUUGUUUGAUGUUGAAAUGUAAUUAUGUCUUGUAAAGGAGUGGGAGAGCUUGGCGUUCUGAUACUCUUUUGAUCAGAGAAAACCUUCGGUAUAAUAUCCAUCAGGGAAGUCUGGCGUUACAUUCAGCUUAACUUGUGGGUACCUCAAUCGUAUGUUCACAUUACUUCUCAUCUAUAAAUAAUAUUUAUUUUGCUGAAAAAUAUCAUCUGAAAUAUUAAAUAAAAGUCUAACUUUUUUCAAA